ACAAACACUCGAGCUCACACCUGCUCGAUCAAAAUCCUCCAACAACUCGAUCCAUUCGCAGUAGCUGCGAGCUCUGAGCGGCGGCGAGGUGUCCGACAUGGCGUCGGGGCAGAAGGUGGUGAAGCCGAUGGAGGUGUCGGUGGAGGCCGGGAACGCCGGGGAGGCGGCGUGGCUGGACGACGACGGGCGGGCGCGGCGGACGGGCACGUUCUGGACGGCGAGCGCGCACAUCAUCACCGCCGUCAUCGGCUCCGGCGUGCUGUCGCUGGCGUGGGCGAUCGCGCAGCUGGGCUGGGUGGCCGGUCCCGCCGUGAUGCUCCUCUUCGCCUUCGUCAUCUACUACACCUCCACCCUCCUCGCCGAGUGCUACCGCACCGGCGACCCGGCCACCGGCAAGCGAAACUACACCUACAUGGACGCCGUGCGCGCCAACCUCGGCGGCGCCAAGGUCACCUUCUGCGGCGUCAUCCAGUACGCCAACCUCGUCGGCGUCGCCAUCGGCUACACCAUCGCGUCGUCCAUCAGCAUGCGCGCCAUCAGGAGGGCCGGCUGCUUCCACCACAACGGCCAUGGUGACCCGUGCCGCAGCUCCAGCAACCCUUACAUGAUCCUCUUCGGCGUCGUGCAGAUCGUCUUCUCGCAGAUCCCGGACUUCGACCAGAUUUGGUGGCUGUCCAUCGUCGCCGCCGUCAUGUCCUUCACCUACUCCGGCAUCGGCCUCUCCCUCGGCAUCGUCCAGACAAUCUCCAAUGGCGGGAUCCAGGGCAGCCUCACCGGAAUCAGCAUCGGCGUCGGCGUCAGCUCAACGCAGAAGGUGUGGCGCAGCCUGCAGGCAUUCGGCGACAUCGCCUUCGCAUACUCCUUCUCCAACAUCCUCAUCGAGAUCCAAGACACGAUCAAGGCGCCGCCGCCGUCGGAGGCGAAGGUGAUGAAGAGCGCGACGAGGCUGAGCGUGGCGACGACCACGGUGUUCUACAUGCUGUGCGGGUGCAUGGGCUACGCGGCGUUCGGCGACGCGGCGCCCGACAACCUCCUCACGGGCUUCGGCUUCUACGAGCCCUUCUGGCUGCUCGACGUCGCCAACGUCGCCAUCGUCGUGCACCUCGUCGGCGCCUACCAGGUGUUCGUCCAGCCAAUCUUCGCCUUCGUCGAGCGCUGGGCCUCCCGCCGGUGGCCGGACAGCGCGUUCAUCGCCAAGGAGCUCCGCGUGGGGCCCUUCGCGCUCAGCCUCUUCCGCCUGACGUGGCGCUCGGCGUUCGUCUGCCUCACCACAGUCGUCGCCAUGCUCCUCCCCUUCUUCGGCAACGUGGUGGGUCUCCUCGGCGCCGUCUCCUUCUGGCCGCUCACCGUCUACUUCCCCGUCGAGAUGUACAUCGCGCAGCGCGGCGUGCCACGUGGCAGCGCGAGGUGGGUCUCGCUCAAGACGCUCAGCGCGUGCUGCCUCGUCGUCUCCAUCGCCGCCGCUGCGGGCUCCAUUGCUGACGUCAUCGACGCUCUCAAGGUGUACAGACCGUUCAGCGGAUGAUUGGAACGUGAGGGGCACGUGUGCUCGUUAAAUUAUUUCUUACUAUCUCUGUACCAAAAUAUAGCAAACUAGUAUAAAUAGGACGAAAUUCGGGUAGUUCUCAGGUACGAAUUCAUCGUACUAGGAAAUAUCUCACAUUGUAUUAAGUUGCUAUAUUUUGGGUCAGCAUUAGUACAAUAUUACACAAAGAGGAAAAAAAAGGAAGAAAUGUAACAUGUGGCGUUUUUCAUUGGAGACCUUGAAAAAUCUUGUAAUUGCAGUAAACAGAUUCCCUGCCGUUGUGAUCAUUGCAUUCCUUUUGCGAAAAAAAAGGGAUGCAAAUAGAUGGCUGGAGGUGCUGUUUCUAAUGUCAAAAGCAGUUGUAUGGGGGGUAUUAUGAUAAUAUAAUUCUUUUUUCAAA